CUUAGCAGAGAAUAUUGUUUGAAUGCUUUAAUCCCAGCCACGAAAUCUGGCUCGUCGGUUCGACUUAAAGUUCAGGCUUUGCCGCGCCUUCGCGGACUCGCUCUCUCUCCCCCUACAGCGCCAGAAAAUGGGCCUGUCCAGGCCGGAUGGCGCAUGCGCAUCGGGCGGCGAGCGGUGGGGGCUGGCCGCGCGGGGUCAGGCGUGGAGGGCGCGGGACCUUCGCCACCCGGAGCUGUUCGGGUUCCGGCGCCCUGGCCGCCGGCUUUUGGGUGCAGAGUCUUCGCCGGUGAAUACCGCUUCCGCUCUCCGGUGUGGCCGCCAGUCGGGUUGCUCUGCUGUGCUCCAUCUCCUUCUCCUAAAGAUGCAUCCUGACUUAUCUCCACACUUGCAUACUGAAGAAUGCAACGUCUUGAUUAACUUGCUUAAGGAAUGUCACAAAAAUCACAGCAUUCUGAAAUUUUUUGGUCAUUGCAAUGAUCUUGAUCGGGAGAUGAGAAAAUGCUUGAAGAAUGAGUACAUGGAAAAGAGGAACAGGAGCAGGGAGCGUGGCAAUGCAAUGCGAAAGAGACUUUUUAAUCCUCCAGAGGAAUCUGAAAAAUAGAUCAUACUUUCAUUGGAUGCCUUGGCUGAGAGAAGACCCAAAGACUCUUGGGUGGUAGUUGAAGGAAUCCCGUUGCAUUUGGUCUUCAGAAUCCUUUGAAUGGAAAGUGACCCAUGAGAAAUCGAGCCUUGGAGAAGUAUGGAAGCCCUGGAUCUGGAAUUUUGGUUGGGCAGAGCUGUUAGUACUCUCUCUCCUCUUCCACCGCACCUGAGACUUCUAAUGUGUUUGUUCCCUUUGCCUACGGCCCGUUGACAUUUGAGUAACUUAUCUCCCUCAAUAAAAUCAUUGAUUCUAAUCAUA